UACAUGAGCGUGACAGAAGGUGAAGGAAUCAUUCCUUCUUACAUUACUGAAUUGACAUCAAACCCUGUCAUCAGAAUCAGGAACAUCCAUCCAGAAUUAACAGAAGAUGACUUAUCAGGAUUACUCAGUCAAAUUUCACCCGUAGAAUUUGUCAAGUUCGACGCUGAUAAGAAGUCUGUUGCUUACUGUGGUUUCCAAGAAAACUGGUCAGAAAACAACGCUGAAUCCAUCAAAAAGUUCGACGGUAGAAAGGCAAUGGGCAAGAUUUUGAUUGUGGAGGAUCCUUUGAAGCCUAAAACAGUAAAAAGUUUGCAAGACCGGUUGGGACCACUUCCUGGGGCUAGAGAAAGAGGAUUCAGAGGACCCAAACGCAGAGAUAAUCGAGGCCCAAGAGGUCCUAGAGAUUCUAGAGAUUUCAGAGACCCUGGCGAUAUCAGACAAAAACAGCGAGGUAGAAGAGAGCCUCCUAAGCCCAAAAAGGUGCCUAAGUCGGUUGAGGACUUGGACAGAGAGUUGAGUGAAUAUAUGAACAGCACUUAGAUAGAUUUUGUACUAUUAUAUGUUAAACGCGGCCAGAAGUCGCACACCAGAAUUAAAAAA